AUCUUCCGCCCGGGCCACCUGAACCCGACCAAACCGGGCCCCCUCCAUCUGCUCCAAAAUCCUCGGGGGCCUACCCCUGUCCUCGAAGAAAGGUCCCGUAAGGUACCUUACGCAGUAAAGCCUGGGGUUGGGGGGCGCCACCACUGCUGCACAUCUCCUUCCGUCAGUGGGCUGAACUCCAUUUCGCGUUCCCGCAGCAGGACCAAAAAAAAAGCUCUCCCUCGCUCGCCCCGAUCCAGUCGCUUGGGAGCUCCGGCCAGCUGGACACCUCACCCUCGUCCGUGACGACCCCAUUACGAACAACCCUGGCCAGUUUUCCCUUUCAUCUUUGGGAAAGCAAACGCAUAACACGAACCUCGACCUCUCUCGUCUGCCAGCUAGUAGCUGAACGUCCUUACACACCUCCAUCACUCGAGCCGCCCAUAAUUGUUUCGAGACACUCCCAAAGCUUAGCCACCUUAGCUACCAUCGCAAGCUACCAAUCACACCACCAUCUGCAGCAGCUCCUGCAGGUCUCUUCAAAAUGCGGAUACGUUUGCCCUUUGCAGGCGUCUUCUUCGCCCUCCUCCUCGUCGCAGGCUACGCAGGCCUAACAACCCUCCAACUCGGCCAAUACGUAAACGACAAGGUCCUCCACUUCACAACCUUCUUCCUCCUCACCAUCGUCUUCUACUGGAUCCUCGACACCAACCGCCGCCGCACCCUCAACCUCACCCUCACCGUCUGCACCUUCAUCCUCGGCGUCGGCUCCGAGUUCCUCCAGGGCUUCCUCCCCAACGGCCGCGAGUUCGACUUCUACGACAUUGUCGCCAACGUCGUCGGCUCGCUCGCGGGCAUCGGCCUGUGCUCGUGGUACCACAAGCGCAUGCUCGAGCGCAAGCGCCGCACCAAGACGUACCAGGCUGUCCCCGGGGAGGACGAGGAGGACGUGGAGCUCGGUGAGGGACACGAGACUGGUGUUGUUGAGGCUAGUGGUGCGAGGGAUGGGGGUGCUGGUGUUGGUGUAGGUGCUAGCAGUGGAGGCAGGUCGCUUGAGGAGGAAGUGGACAAUUGGGAUGAGAACCAGGUGGAUGACUGGGAAGAGGAAGAUGGUGAUGGUGACAUCGGCGGAGUCAAGAGCAAGGAUAUGGAUACGGGAGAUAUUGGCGACUCCAAGAAGCGGGCUGAUUAAAGCUCUUUAGCAAGGAGGAAGCCAAGGAAACGAACGUGUGCGAUAUGACGGAUGAGCAUUGAGUUACGAUUUUUGGCGUUUAGGGAGGCCUUUCAUCCUAGCAGCGUGUUUCGUAAUAGAUAAAAUGACAUUCUUUCCCCUCAUCAUACUGUACAAAUCUCACUCUUGGAUCGAAGAGAGCAGAACACUAACGUGUGGCAGGGGGAGAGACGAAGAGUUUGAAACAAUGGCUAUGAUUUCUAGGGUAGACCAACAAAUUACCAAGACAGAAACGCCAACCCAGUAGCUUCGGCCAUAACUUUCUAUCGACUCAAAGUAUUGAAAUCUACAAACAUGCAGGCCCUCACCAGCCAAAGGCUUCAUUGUGCCAUACCACAUCCCGGCCCCUCA